AUGCCGGUCCCGAUGAACGCAGAACGACUGGAGGAAGAACGGAUGCUGCUGGAGCCGAGGCUUGACGCGCUGACGCUGGGCGGAGAGACCGGCGAGAGACUGGACCAAUCGAUGGCGAUUUCGCUAGUCAAGCAACUUAAGCAGCUGCUUAUCAACUCACUCUCAUCCAACGGCUCGGCCGAGAGUCGACUGGAGAUUUCCAGCCAGGCUAACCUCUUGAGACAAACAGUCGCGAAGCUUGAGCGUCAGAUCAACCUCCUCGCCGCCGGUGAUCUCAGUCUGCUCGACCAGCAGGAACUGAUUAAGAAACUCGAAUCACGCAUCCAGAUCGAAAGAGAAAUACUCAGAUUUAUGGGCGAUACCUUACCGAGCAACAAGGAGACGACGCCAACAGCGAGUGGCAAUGCCACCGCAGAUCCGAUGGGCUCCGAGCACGUCCAAGCAGACACCCUUCCAGCAGCUCCCACUCAGCCGAGCCAAAAGGAUGAAGUACAGCAAGAGGAUACCCGCAUGGAAAUCUGA